UAUAAAUAUAAUAGUUCUGAUUUGCUAUGUAAUACAUAAUAUUUAUCACAAAACUGGUUAAUUAUAUUUCAUUUUUAAUAUUCUUACUUCGAUACUAUCAUUAUACCGCUUGAUUCAUCGAAACAUAAUUACAACCAUUGAUUAGUUUUAAUCAAUAAAUAAUUUAUAAUUAUAUAUAUACAUAGAAAUCAUUUCUCUUCGACAACUUAUAUCUACUGAUCAGCUGAUCUGUCAAAACAACAAAUCAGCUGGAUGGAUUUAAUGGCUUUUGUCCCCCAUUUUACGGAAGCGCCAAUUUUGGAGCACAUUCCAGUUACAGAGCAUAUCUGUGAACAACCGAAAGAAGAAGAUGAGAUAAUGGCUAUCAGAAAAGGAAAUCGGUUUUUGGAUAAGUUGAGUCGUUGGUUUAUGAGACAACGUGUUUUAUAUAAAAAGCAUCCUUUAACUCGCUGGUGUGUCAAAAGUACAACUGCAGUUAAUUAUGAAAUUUCGAGACAUCUCAAAUCACAUCCUUACAUGAUACAUCCUUUUAGUUCAUUGAGAAUUGUUUGGGAUUCAAUAAUGAUUAUAUUCACAUUUGUGGCUCUUCUGAUCACUCCAAUAAUCAUCACAUUUUAUUUUGAUGAUCUCUUUACCUAUUUUGUGAUUAACGAUAUAAUAAAUAUAGUAUUUUUAUGUGACAUUAUUAUGUGGUUCUUCACGGGUUAUUAUGAUUAUCAAACGAAGCUUACUGUUCUUGAUCCUAUGAUUGUAGCACGGAAAUAUUUGCAAAGUUAUUUCCUAAUAGAUUUUUUGCCCAUAUUACCCAUAGGAAUCUUCAUUUUUAUUAUACCUAACUCAGUAUGGUACUGUGCUACAUUAAAUAUGAUGAAAUUAUUAAGAAUUCGCAAUAUUCUUGCUUGUUCUAAAAGACUUCACGACGUAUACAGAAUAUAUUUUCAAUUGUAUAAAAUUUUGGAAACGUGCGUGGUUAUUAUAUUAUCUAUUCACUGGGCUGCUUGUCUAGAAUAUUAUGUUCCCCUAUCUGUAUAUGUUCUAGGCACUUUAAGUAAUGAGUCUUGGAUCAAUUCACCAUAUUUUCAAAACAGGGAAACAAGAGUAAAAAAAUAUGUAGUGUGCUUGCAUCGUUCGCUUAUUGCUUUUUCUCGUUCUUGCCAUUUUUUAGAUAUGAAAACGAAAGAAGAUAUUAUAUUAAAUAUGAUCUUAAUGAUAAUCGGAUGUAUUGGUGCCAUAUAUUUAUUAACGCAAUUCUCGCAAUUAAUAACAACGUUUCACAUAACAAUUAAACAUAAUUUGAAGCUAAUAGCACAGUUGUUAGAAUAUAUGCGAUACAAAGAGCUUCCAUCUGCUUUACAACUUCGUUUAUUAACAUUUUAUCAUUAUCGUAAUAAAAAAGUUUUCGAAAGAAAUCAGAAAAUCAUUGAGGAAGUUUCACCUUAUUUGCGGGAGGAAAUCAUUUUGCAUAAUUAUUUGAAAUUCGUUAAAAACGUAGAAUUAUUUAAGCAUCUACCAAAAAAUAUAAUAAUACAGUUAACAGGAGCGUUACAAUCCGAAAUCUAUAUAGCCGGUGAUGAAAUAGUUAAAGCUGGCACUCGUGGUGAAGCUUUAUAUUUCAUUUCUUCCGGAACAGUAGCGGUUUACAAUUCUGCAGGAAAAGAAAUUUGUCAUUUGGAAGAUGAAAGUUAUUUCGGUGAAAUCGCCUUGGUAAUGGAUACCGAGCAUAGAAUAGCAACUAUAAUUGCGGUGGAAACUUGUGAAAUAUAUGUGUUAUAUCGCCACGACUUCCGGAGAUUUAUAGCACCAUAUCCUGAUUUAUUAAACCGUUUGCAAAAUGUUGCUCUUGAAAAUUUGAAUCAAAGUGUUCUUAUAGAUCCAGAUUUAGAAAUCGAUUUCAUGCCGCAAUAUGUUAAUAUAAGUACUAUACAACUACCUAAUGUUAAUCCAACAGCAGAUCUAGUCAAUCUAGGAUCAAUAUUUUUCAUAUUGCAAGCAACACACUUCCUAAACAUUUCUUUUUUUGGUUGUUCUUCGAUUUUAUUCUUCUUCAAUAUAUUCACAUUCAAAUCCUUAAUAAACGGAAGCUUUAGAAGUAGAAUUAUGUUGAACAAGAGUAAAUAUGGCUGGCGCGACUCCACCUUCUGAACCAUCAAUAUGGGCUCUUUACAACCUAAAACUGGUCUAUAAUGUUUAUUUGCAUUCAUACAAUGGUUUUUAAAUUCUUGUUUACAAUAAUCACAAUAUUUUGUCGAUAAAACUUUAUUAGAAGAUUCCUUUAAUCUUACGUUCUUGAAGACAGAAUCAUCAACUUUAUCGGGAAGAGGUUGAUGUUCUAAAUUCUCUGCAUGAAGCUUCCUUGCUAUAGCAAAUUGAUCAUAACAAGCUGAUCGAUUCUGUAAUAAUGGUUUUGAAAGAUCUUCCUUGACUUCUUUUUUCCCGAAGCACUUUGGCACAUGUUUAUUUAAAGAAGAUAUUCUUAAAUUUCCCGAAAUAUAUCGUGGUUGACAACAUUCGUGGAAUUCGUUGCUUUCUGGAUGAACUAAUUUUCCCGGACAAUGAGUGCAACAUUUUUGAUUCUUCAUAUUUAUCAGUCUUCAUUUCUUUAUUUUUUGUAUACAAAUUAAAGUCCGUAAAAAAUACGAAUAGCUGUUAACUUUUUAACUCUAAUAGAUGAUAAAAAUAAUAAUAUUGGAAAAGGUUUAUUAUAAAUUUUAUAUUUAUGAUUAUAUGUUUAAUUUAACUCGAUAACGAUAAGAAUACUAUAUCCGAUCUUAAAAUUAACGAGAAUGAUUGUUUGCUUGACAACGGAAUAGCUCAAUAACCAAGAUAUAGUCAUACAUAAAGAAUCAAUUUUGGCUCAAAUAAUAUCAGAAUUAUAAAUAUCUUGGAAAUGAAUCUUUAAAUCGAAGAUAUUUUACAAUAAACAAAUUAUUCAACUAUUAUCUAAUUACGAUCUCUAGACAUGAAACUAUUUAACUAUUUUAAACUUAGAAUGUUUUAACAAUCUAACUAUAUCAAUCUAACUAUAUUCUUAGAAAUAAAGAUCGUAUAUUCAAAUUAUUUUUAUAUUCAAAUUACAAAGUAAAAUGUCUUGGAUUAUAAUAUAUAAUAAUAGCGUUCGGAAAACUUCCUGAUACUAUCUACAAUUUUUCAUAUUGUUAUAUCAUGAACAUGGAUGUAUUUGUAACAGAUUCAUUACACUUCGCAUCUCGAAUCACCAAUGAUGUUAAGAAAAUAUGAUGAACCGCUUUUAUAAUACAAUUUUCUUAGAAUUCAAUAUUAUUCAGAAUUACAGAUUUGGAAUUUUACCGUUUAUUUCCAAGUACAUCGAAUAUUACAUUUUUCAAAUAAAAUUAAUGAAGAUAAAGAUCUGCGAAUUUUUUUUUAUGUACAUUUUUUAAAUAAUAUUUAUUCAAAACUGAAGAAAUAAAAUUUAUAUCAUUGUUUGAAAAAAUUUGUUUUGAUUUUGUUAAUCUUGUUUUUUUUGAUUUUGCAGAUUUACAUAUUAUUUAUAGUUACAUAUUGAUCAUCUCAUUGGAACAAUGCCAUUCCCCUUCUACUGCGAAAACCUUGACAUAAAAUAUUAGAGCGCGUCUUUAAAUAUUUCUGAAUGCAUGGCAGUUGCACAUAAUAUGUAAAUCUUAAAUCAUUUCUUUUUACUAUUUCUUAUUAAAUCUUAUUAAAGUGACAAGUAAACAUACUAAUCAAAACUUAAUGAAAUAAAUAUUAAAUAUAUAAGGAAUUUAAUAGAUUUUGUAAAAGAAUAUUAAAUAAAGAUUUUGAAAAAGAAA